UCCGGCAUUAACUGGAUUUCUGACAUUUCUGACAGACAGAAGCAGCUGUUAUAUUAACAUUAUGCAGACAUUAGGACAAUUUGUACUUACCAUUCAUUUACAUGUUUAAGUAAUGUCUAAAUUGAAACACUAUCCUGGUGCCAUAAUGAUCUUGUAAAUUAAGUAACAAGCAGUUGCUGUCCAAGUGUAUUUCUGAAAGGCUAGAGACUGAACCUGAAAGUUUGGACCUUGUACCUAAAAACUUGACAUCAGCCAUGAAACUUACACUCUUUGACAUCAAGUUUGAGAGCCAGCUGGGGGUUUUUGAUGCUGGAAGUGAAAUCAUCGGACAAAUCAUCAUAAAUUUGGAAAGACCAAUGAAGAUGAGAAGAAUCACAAUUUACUUUGAAGGGAAAGGAAAGUCCUAUUGGGAUGUUCGGUCAGGGAAGCACACCACCAAAUACAGAGGCCAUGAAAAUUAUCUCAACCAUACUAUUCUCGUGUUUGGAUCUGGUCAGAGUGCAGAUAAUGUGAUAGAACAUCCUGCGGGACACCAUGUUUACCCCUUCACGCUCCCCCUCCCAUCAACAAUACCAUCCUCCUUUGAGGGUCGCCGUGGUUACGUCCGGUACACAUGUAAGGCCAAUAUCGACCGGCCCUGGAAAUUCGAUGAGAGUACAAAGAGAGCGUUUACUGUCAUUCGUCAUUUGGAUCUCAACACCAUACCUAAUAUCCUGAUGCCUGAGAGGUUGGUAGAACAGGAAACUAUCCAGGGCUGUUGUUGUGAAGAAGGCAAGGUCAAGGUGACCUUGGGAAUCAACAAGAGGGGCUAUGUUCCAGGGGAACAUCUUGUUUAUGACAUUGAAGUGGAGAAUAACAGUGAAAAUACCAUCUCCUUCCUCAGCUUGGAACUCCGACAGGAAGCAACUUACACUGGGUACUCUGACAGCUUGUUUUCCUCGGGGAAUCCCCACUACCAUCAGAAGGUGGAUACAUUUAACCUUGUCAGCGGAAAUCUAUCUAUUCCCCAAGGAGCAACCAAGACCUUUCACCAGGCGUCUGUAGUGCCCUCCUUACCGCCAUCGAAACUGGAGGGCUGUCAAAUUGUGGAUAUCAUCUACAAUGUUGUGCUGAAGGUACCAUGUGGCUGGUCAACACUGAAACUUGUGCAAGGCAUCAUAAUUGGGACAAUUCCAGCUAGGAUGCCUGCUUACACACCACCUACAGUUCCUUCAGCUCCAGACACUGAAUUCUCCUCAAUAGGCCCUGACCCAAGCAUGCAACCACCUGCAUACACUGCACCAGAUGAGCCUCCUCCCUCAUAUGCUGAGUGUGUAUUUGGCCGUGUGACUAUUCAGGAUGAAAACGAUGAUGAACAUACAGGGGGAGAAAGUUCAUGGGCACCUGCAUACCCGUACUACGAUUGGAGUCGUCAUAGCAACCAAACAUACGGAGGUGCACAAGCCACCGUACCACGGAUGGCCCCUCCUGCCUAUGGCGAUUAACAAAGCUUUCACGUCUGUGUAAUAUUAAUGUCACAUAGGCCUCGAUAUUGUGUCCUUCAUUAUAAACUGUUGUGGAAAGUGUAUUGGAAUUAAGUCACCGGAGACAAAGUCUCAUGUGGCCUAUUGCGACUUUGCGUAUUGCAGAGUUAUCUUCUCUUGGGAACAGGUAUUGAUUGUUUCGUCAUUGGUCUGUGUGAGAA